AUGAAUGAUGAAAGGAGCCAGAAGUUAUUGGAGCUAAACAACAAAGCAUGGGAUGGUGAGUUAAAUUUACCACAAGCAGGAAAGAAACUUGACUCAAGUAUAAAGAGAAAUACUGGGUUCAUCCGGAAACUGAAAUUGGGUAUUUCCAAAGAUUCCAAAACAUCACUCUUGAAAGAUAUAGAAGAAGUAUCGCUUGAGAAAUACUUAUCCGAACUAGUGGUUGUGGCAAAUGAGGGUCUUGGUAAAUUUUCUGGAAAAAGCGAUGAUAUCGAGGCGUGCGUAGAGGUCAUGAGUUCUCUACAUCAGCGUUUUGGAUAUAGCUUUACACCCCCAUUGAUGGAACUCUUCCUACACAACUUUACAACACUGUCAAUUGAAUGUGACUCAGAGAAAGAAGAGCAGUUAAAAAUAUCCAGACUGCGAGCCCAUAUGAGGCUUUUCACGGAACUUUAUCUUGUGGGGCUUUUCAAUAGUUUGGAUCGAUUAUCAAAGGAUAACUUGCCGCCAUUCAUAGCAAAGAAAUUGGGGAGAAAAGAGCCAAUUUUAUUUACUAUUCUCAAGGAGGUCUUGAACUAUCGCUUUAAAACUGGCUUGACUACUACUGUGGCUACUACGUUUGUUGUCAAAUAUAGUCAGUUUUUUAGCAGCGAGCCGCAGCAUGAGCCGAGUUUAGUUGACCAGGACACCAGCAAAGUCUUGGUGUCACUUUUCAAAGCAUUCACAGAAGCAGCUAUUUCUCAAAUAAUGGAGAUUAACAAAUCUUUGAAUAAGCUUUUGAAAGAACAUCAGAAGGCUCAAAUAAGAACGGGAAAAAGUACAGAUGAAUAUAUCGAGGAGUACAACGCUUUGUUGCCCAUUUUUGAGAGGUUCGAAACGGCAGUAGCUAUUUUGAGUAACGCUCUACACUUAGAGGCACCAAAACUAGAAAGGCACACAGAGGAGUCGUCUUCCAGUACUACUUCAAUGAUCACUAAUCAACAAAAGACAAGCUCGGAAAGGGUUUGGGAAAAUGAAGAGACACGAAAAUUUUAUGAAGUGCUUCCGGACUUAGCAGAAGUGGUGAAAGAAGUUGAGGAGAAGGAGCCAGCCGAUCCUGAAAAACUCAACGAUUUUUUUGUCAAUUUGGAAUUGGCUGAUACAAAGGAAGCCAUUGAUGAUCUCUCAUUUAGACUGUGGACAGAUUGCCUAAAUAAAAAGGCCACAAAAAGAAGACUUUUAAAAGUUUUCAUGGAAACUACAGAUUGGAGUAAGCUAAGGAUUUACGCUCGAUUCGUUGCGAGUAAUGCAGAAAGUUUAAGCGAUGUGAAAGAUGAACUAAUCCAACAUUUGGAUAACGGAUUCAGAAAUCAAUUGCGUUCGAAUAAAAUCAAUGUUAGAAACGUCAUUUUUUUCAGCGAGAUGGUGAAAUUCAUGCUUGUUCCUUCGUAUCUUAUUUUUCACAAAAUAAGAACUUUGAUAAUGAAUAUUCAGAUUCCCAACAACAUUGAGAUUUUAACGAUUCUGUUUGAAAACUUUGGUAAAUUUCUCAUCAACAAUCCGAGCCAUAAGGAACAAAUGGAAAAGAUGGUAGACCUUGUACAGCAAAAAAAGAAGGAACACGAUCUCACCGUUAGCAAUAAGUGUGCACUUGAAAACCUUAUUAUUCUAAUUUACCCGCCGUCACUGAGUAAGUUGAAUGCUGAGUCGACUGAAUUAACUCCAGAGCAAAAGUUCUAUCGUAUACUCAUACGAAAGGAGCUUCAUACUUUACAGCCUGAGAAAAUCGUGAAACUUUUGCGGCGGGCGCACUGGAAAGAUGCCAAUUUGCACAAGACAAUGGUUUCCUUAUUCUCUAAGCCAGAGAAGGUGAGUUACCAAAACAUUGAUCUUCUAGCUAAAGUAUUGGAUGGCCUCUUUCCGUAUUACCGCAAUUUUGUGAUUUUAAUCGUUGAUACCAUUGUGGAAAAAGUAGAGCGCGGGUCAGAGGUCAACGAGUUCAAUUUGAAUAUGAUAAGAAUUGCUCAAGUGAAAUUUUUGGCGGCUCUAUGCAACAACAACCUAGUCAAAUUUGAGGUUGUUUUAGAAGUACUCUACAAAAUUAUCAGGUUUGGCUAUCCUGGGGGUAAACCAACUCCAUUUAUGAUAAACGAAUUUGAUAUGCCGGACAGUUAUUUCCGCAUUCAUUUAGUGACAACCACUUUAUUAACCAUUCGUGACAUCCCCCCAAGCAAAAAGAAGCAAAUCUCAACCUUUAUGAGAUUCUUUGAAUAUUACGUUCUAACGAAAGAACAACCUUUGCCGAAAGAGACUCAGUUCAAAGUUACCGAAUGCUUCAACGCACUCACCGCAGGAUUGGAAUUCGAAAGGUGUUACGAUUUGAUAGCAUGUGCCAACGAAUUGUCUAGUUGCCUCAAAAUUCCCAUGGCUGGAGGGACGGUGGAGGGCGGCGCUGAAAUCGAGAAUGAUAUGGACGACGAUGAUGAGGAAGAAGAAGACGAUGACGAAGAGGACGAAGCCGAGGAUGAGGACGACAAGGACAAUGAAAGGGAAAGCGUAAAUGAUUUAGAUAGCGAUGACGGAACCGAAGCGAAUUUGUCUACGGGGUCCUAUUAUCAAGAUAGCAGUGAUUCUGGGGAUGAUGAAGAUUCACUGGAAGAUGACGAUGUAGGCGGGGACGACGACGAAAAUGAGGAUUCAGAUGAAGAUGAGUUAGAACAAAGAAGAGCUCAAGAAGCUCAUAUGUCAAAGCUGAGAUCAGAAGAAGAGCUGAAAGCGGAGGAAGAAAUGGAGAAGCAGUUUCAGUUACUUGUGCAAGAGUCUUUGGAGAGCCGAAAAAAUGAAAAAGCUUUUUCUAACAACAUGCCUAUGAUUUCAUCUGGUAUCAAUUUGGAUUCAGAAAGAGAAAGCAGAUCCAUGCCCCAAGCUCAAGAUACACCAUCAAAGAAGGUUGCUUUCACAUUUUUAAGCAAGUCUGGCAAGAAAAGUCAGACGCGUACUCUGGGUCUGCCGAGAAAUGUGAAAUUCGUGUCGGGUAUUUUACAAGAGGAACAGAAGUUAAAGGCAGAGCGUGAAAAGAUUAAAAAUAUCGUUAUGAGCCAAAGCUUCGAGUAA